UUCCCCAAAGUAACAGACUCACAUCACUUUCUCUCUCACCUCAGCUAUGGCAGAUCCUUCCCAAAUCGACUCGGCUGAUCCGCCGCUAGCUCCGCUUCCAUUGCAGCCGAAUGAAAAUUCCGAGCCUGCGACUCCAGUUUCAAGCAGUAGCGACAGAGGAAUUGGUAAUUUGGAGAAUUUUCCUCAAUCUAAUGGCGUUACGGUGGAAAAAUCAGCUAAUCGGAGAGUGGAGACACUGAGGAUCUCAGAUGAUCAAUUCCGCCGGCGCUCGCCGAGACUGGGGGAAAAUGCUGGAGGUGAGCGCUUCGUUAGGGAGGCUAGUUCUCUCAAAUUGAGUAGUCCGCCGCUUAAGAAGCAUAAAGGCGGAGAACAGGUUUGGUUCUUCGUCGGCGAGCCAGUACCUGAUGACGAGGCUCGCCGUAGGUGGCCAUGGCGGUAUGAGGUAGCUGAGGGAAAACAAAAUAAUGGGCAAUCACAGAAACGUAAGGUUGAUGAUGAUGAUGAAGAUGAUAAACUUGUUUCAAAUGUAAAGUGUCACUAUUUACAAGCUGAAGUAUCGAAGAUUAUAUUUGAUCUCAGUGAUUGUGUUUACGUCAAAGGCCCAAAGGGAGGUCCUAAUUACGUUGGCAAAAUUCUAGAAUUUUUUGAGACAAUGGAUGGCGAAAACUACUUUAGUGUUCAAUGGUUCUUUCGAGAAGAAGAUACGGUUAUAAAGAAAGAUGGAAGGUCACAUGACAAGAAACGGUUAUUCUACUCUACUCUCGUGAACGACAACUUGUUAGACUGCAUAGUUUCAAAAGUUAAAGUUGUUCAAAUAAAACCAAAUGUUAAUUUGAAAGAUAAUACAAUACCACCUUGUGAUUAUUACUUUGAUAUGAAAUACGAUGUCGACUACUCAACUUUCAGUACAAUUUCAACAGACAGCGACAGUCAGUUAUCUCCUCAUCCUUUGAUGAUGUCAUCCAACAGAAAAUGCUCUGCUUCUAAAACUGCCACCAAGUCUUCUGUGGAUGGAAUUUGUAAAUCUGAGCUAGCAUUACUGGAUUUGUACUCUGGCUGUGGAGGAAUGUCUACUGGACUGUGUAUUGGCGCUAAAGCAUGUGGCUUAGAUCUUGUGGCGAGAUGGGCUGUCGACAUUGAUGAAGCAGCAUGUAGGAGCUUGAAGCUGAACCAUCCAGAGACACAAACAAGGAAUGAAGCUGCAGAAGACUUUUUUGAUUUAUUGAAGGAAUGGGAUCGCAUCUGCAGAAAAUAUGGGAAGUAUGAACAGAAAGAACUCAGGUCAAAGAUUGUUAGAGAAGCUGAUAAUGUUAAAAAAUCAGAACUGAAUCAAGAAAGUUCAUGUGAAUAUGAAGUGGCAAGGCUGGUAGAUAUAUGCUAUGGUGAUCCCUCUGACUCAGGGAAGCGAGGGCUUAAAUUUAAGGUGCGCUGGGUUGGCUAUGGCCCAAGUGAUGAUACAUGGGAGCCAAUUGAGGGAUUGGGAAAAUGCCCAGAUCACUUAAGAGAUUUUGUACAAAAGGGAAUAAAAGCAAAAAUACUGCCUCGUCCGGGAGAUGUUGAUGUAAUUUGUGGUGGCCCUCCAUGUCAAGGAAUUAGUGGCUACAACAGAUUCCGGAAUUUUGAUUCUCCUCUUGAAGAUGAGAGAAAUCGCCAAAUUUUAAUUUUCAUGGAUAUUAUUGAAUUCUUAAAGCCAAAGUUUGUUUUAAUGGAAAAUGUUAUUGACAUCUUGAGGUUUGCCAAUGGCUGUCUGGCAAGAUAUGCUAUAAGCCGGCUGGUUAGUAUGCAUUACCAAGCAAGGGUUGGGAUAAUGGCUGCUGGUUGCUAUGGGCUUCCUCAAUUCCGCUUACGCGUUUUCUUAUGGGGUGCUCAGCCUCUUGAGGUGCUACCCCAGUUUCCUCUUCCAUCACAUGACGUGGUGAUCCAGUAUGGAUUUCCUAGCGACUUCGAGCGAAAUGUCGUCGCUUAUGAUGAAGGAAAAUUCAGCGAUCUAGAAAAAAAAAUUCUUCUCAGUGAUGUUCUUUCUGAUCUUCCUCCUGUUUCAAAUAAUGAGAAACGUGACAAUAUUCCACUCAGAACCGAACCUGAAGCAGAGUUUCAAAAGUAUAUCAGAGCAGCUAAAUGUGAUAUGACUGCUUCACCUUCCAGUAAAACAACUAAGCACAAAAAUCCUGUUUUGUACGAUCACCGGCCUUAUCCUCUGAAUGAGGAUGAUUACAUGCGCGUCUGUAAAAUACCAAAACGAAAGGGGGCAAAUUUUAGAGACCUCCCAGGCAUUGUGAUUGGGUCUGACAAUGUAGUUCGCCGAGCAAAUGAGCAGGACUUGAUGCCAUCUGGAAAGCAAUGGGUGCCUGACUAUGCCCUUAGUUACCGUGAUGGAAGGUCCCAUAAACCAUUCGGACGACUGUGGUGGGAUGAAACUGUACCAACUGUUUUCUGUUAUCCAGACCAUCGCUCGCGGGCUAUUUUGCACCCGGAACAAGAUAGGGUCCUCACUUUACGUGAAUGUGCAAGACUACAAGGCUUCCCCGACUACUACAUGUUCACUGGAAGCUUGAAAGAGAGAUACAGUCAGGUUGGCAAUGCAGUAGCUGUUUCUGUCGGACGUGCUCUAGGAUACUCAUUAGGCAUGGCAGUGCAGAGACUGAGCGGAGACGGACAUCUUCUCACUCUUCCACCCAAGUUCUCCCAUUCUACAACCGUUGAGUUGCUAUCUUUGCUCAACCAAUGAGUAUUCAUUCUUGGGUUGUACACUGGACAAGGAGACGACUUGCCGUCCCUCCACAAUUGGUGCCUUGUAUGACAUAAGUAGUAGGAACGCAUCAUCUGUCUUUAGCUGUAAAAGAGUCUCUCUUAUAACUAGUCCACAUUUAUAUGAAAAUAAUUGCUAAUAUGUACUCCUAAUGAGAGCUGCAAUUGUGAUACUCUCGUGGGAUAUUAUGUUGUAUUACUACUGGAAAAUGUAUCAUUUGUACAACUAGAAUAAGGAUUGAUGUAGUAUUUAUUUAUUGAUUGUUCC